AUGCUUUUGUUGUGGUUGGCUGCUGGGGUUAGUCUCUGUGGAGGUUUUGGGUGUUUUCUGAGGCAGGGCUGGCUCUCAUUUUGCACCAAUGGAGAUGCAGUUUUGAACCAUGAUUUAAAUCCUAAUGUGUCAGUCUGUCGGGAUCAAAUAGAAAGCACUAGAUCAACCAUAUUUGGCUCAGCUAGCAACUUCCAUUCAAAUGGUGGAAGAGAAUCUGAAAAUGUUGCUCAUGUACCUUCUGUUGGAAACAGCCAUACUCCCAAGGUGAGGAAACCAUAUACCAUUACUAAACAAAGGGAGAAGUGGACAGAGGAAGAACAUCAAAAGUUCCUUGAAGCUUUGAAAUUGUAUGGUCGCGGGUGGCGCCAAAUUGAAGAGCAUAUAGGUUCCAAAACAGCUGUUCAGAUUCGAAGCCAUGCUCAAAAGUUUUUCUCUAAGGUUGUGAGGGAAUCUGAGGGAAGUGCUGAGAGUUCUAUGCAGCCAAUUAACAUACCUCCUCCUCGACCUAAGAGGAAACCCCUCCACCCAUAUCCCCGGAAAUCAGUUGAUGCUUUUAAAGGACACACCAUACCAAAUGAGACAGAAACAUCUCAAUCCAUGAACCUGCUAGUUGCUGAGAAAGACACCCAAUCUCCAACCUCUGUGCUAUCUACGGUUGGUUCAGAAGCAUUUGGGUCUGCAUUUUCGGAGCAGAAUAAUAGAUGUCUUUCUCCAAACUCUUGCACCACUGAUAUUCACUCAGUCAGCUUGUCACCUGUUGAAAAGGAAAAUGAUUGUAUGACAUCCAAAGUAUCUGAGGAAGAAGAGAAAGAACCACCAGCUUCAGUUCCUUUAUCCACUGUUUCUAACCCAAACAUGUGCAUAAAGCCCGAGUUUAGUUUCAAGGAAGCUGAAUGUGUUACAGAAGAUUCUGCCAAUAUGGCACAAACCACAAGUAUUAAGCUUUUUGGAAGAACAGUCUCUAUGGUAGAUAAUCAGAAGUCGCAAAACGUAUAUAAUGUUGGUAAGGCAAUAACUGUGAAGUCCGAUGAAGUGAAUGAUAUUGAGAAUGAGAAGCCUGGCCAAUCAACCGAGCAUGUAGAUACACAAUUAUCACUAGGCUUGGUUAGUGGGAACUGGCCCAUGACACCUGAUGCUGAUGGAGCUGAUCACAGCAAAGAGCCACCGAAGGAGGACAUGUGGCUCAGUGAAUGUGCACCUGACCCAUCUUUUCCAGAAUGGAGUUUGUACCAAGGCCUUCCAGCUUUCUGCGUCAGGCCAUGCAAUCAGCUCCUAAAUCCCUUGCCUCUUAGGCCCUCAAUGAAAGUAAGAGCAAGAGAGGAGGAAAGUUGUUGCACUGGUUCCAACACUGAAUCAGUUUGUGACAUGGAAAACCAAGGCAAGAACACGGAUGUUGUUGAUUCUAAGUGUGAAAAAUAUCAAGGGGAAGAUGCUGCACCCCAGAAUCCUGCAAGAGGGUUUGUACCAUAUAAAAGAUGUUUAGCUGACAGAGAUGGAAAUUCUUUAAUUGCGUCCUUGGAAGAGAGGGAGGGGCAACGAGCUCGUGUGUGCUCAUAG